GUUUUCCGUGUCGUUUCAUCUUCGAGAUCGGGAACUCGAGCCAGGAGUCUCGGCCUGCCCUGUCAAACUCAAUGCAGAGGCCCCAGCUGGGGCAGAGUGUCAGCCUUCCCCUGGAGAUGGGCACGGCACAGCUGCCCUCAAGGCAGCAGCAGCCGCCACAACAGACAGAGCUGGAAGUGGUCCCAGGAAGAGAGAGCCUGGCUGGGUACGACCACUCACAGGUUCCCGUUCAGCCCGUGACUGCUGCCGGCCCGGAGCACAGCAAGACCCUGGAGAAGCCAGAGACCCUUUUUAAUCAGGAGCGGGACCCCAGGUUCAGUGAAAUCUACAGCAGCAUCAGUACAGACCAGAGCAAAGCCAUUCCUGCCAGCACAGUGCCUGCCAACCAGCCCCUCUUUACGCAGGGAAACACCUUCACCCCAUCACGACCUGCCGAGAGCUUCAGGAGCAGCAGCAUGGUCCCUCCCGUCAACAUCAUUCAGCAGCAGCCCUCCUCCGCGGGCCGGAUCUUGGCGCAGAUCUCACGCCACUCCAACCCAGCUCAGGUCAGCGGAACCAACUGGGCUCCAGGGACACGGCCAGCGUUCACGGCCCAGCAAGUGGCGUCGCAGACGGUGAAGACUCGGCCUCCUUCCUUCAGCAUGGGGACUUUCCAAGGGACCCCGUCCUCCUUCAGCCCCAUGACAGCGCCGGGCUCCACGGCUUCCCCUACGGGGGCUGCUUACCCGAACCUUGCCAGCCGCGGCACGGGCUUCA